CAACAAACACACAACUUCAAGCGCUGCCUACUUUCCGGUGCUGUAACCGACCAUGUUGGCAGCUUUAACUUUGGCCUCCCUGAGCCUUGUGGUCUGGGCGUCUAACCUCUGCCCCCCAGCCUGCGACUGUCUCCACAACCUGACCAAUAUUGGGUGUCAGGGUAAAGGACUGGCCCGAAUCCCUGAGCUGCCAGAGGGCGCAGAGCAGCUGUACAUCUCAUACAAUAAGAUACAGGAAAUACCCAGGCGUGGGUUGGAGAAUCUGCAGGUCCUGGACCUGACUGAGAAUCAGAUUAAUGUCUUCCUAUCCUUAAACCUAGUUUGGCCCAGUAUGACAAAGCUGUCCAAGCUCUUCCUACGCAACAAUAACCUGAGGUCCCUACACCCUGGUCAGUUCCUAAACUGCCCUGCUCUUAUCUUACUGGACCUGAGUGAGAACCAGAUUGAAUAUCUACCGAGUGGAUUCCUCCGUGGAUUAGCAAAUUUGAAGACGUUGAAUUUGAACUUUAACCACAUUCGAGUAUUAACGGAUGGUGGAUUAGAAGGUGCCUUUGCCCUCACUAACCUUCACCUUAGUCAUAAUAAUAUAACACAGAUAGAGGAAGGUGUCUUCAAGAACUCCACCAUGUUAAAGAAACUUGUUCUGUCCAGAAACAGAAUCACAAGUGUGGACGAGGCUAGCUUCAGAGGAGCGACAGGUCUUCAACAGCUUGACCUGAGUGCCAACAUGUUGGUCACUGUUCCAUCUGAGGCACUGAGGGAUCUAAACAGGCUUGAGGGUCUGUAUCUACAGAUGAACAACAUCAUCAGCUUUCCUGAGGACUGCUUCUCCUCAUUGGGCCUGUUGGUUCAUCUUGACUUGAGCCACAAUAAACUGACCACUCUGUCUGAGGGAUCACUGAGAGGUCUGACCAUGCUGAGAGAGCUGGGCCUCAGCACCAACCUUAUAGACUCUCUUCCCUCUAACGUCUUCAUCAACCUGAUCAGCCUUGAGUUACUUGAUUUGUACAGGAACAGACUGACAUCUCUUCCUCUGGAUAUAUUCAAGAACUUAAGUAACCUGGAAGAACUCCAGCUGGACAGCAACCAGAUCUCUGUCAUACCUGUAGGGGUGUUUGAUCCACUAUCCAAACUCAACGAGCUACAUCUGUCAAACAACCACAUCCUGGAGCUCCACUCUGCUCUGUUCAACAAGCUCAAAUCACUUCACAACCUGUACUUGGAGAACAAUGCUCUGAAGCACCUUCCUAGAGGAAUUUUCCAUAAGACAAGGCUCCUUAAGGAGAUACAUCUCAAUGACAACCAAAUCAGGUUUCUGUAUCACUCAGUCUUCCAUGGUCUGGUGAGAGUAUCCUCACUGAUACUCUCUCGCAACCACCUUACCUCUCUUCACCCGGACCAGUUCAGAGACCUUAUCAGUUUGAAAGAGUUAAAACUAGACAAAAACCACAUCAGUGACCUUCCUGAAAGCCUGUUCACGAAUCUAAAUAACCUUACAGCACUGGAUCUGGAUAAUAACCAAAUCUUACAGCUGUCUCCUGAUGAUUUUGUAGGGUUGACCCGCCUUAAAGAACUCAAGUUGAGUUUCAAUCAGCUCCAUGACAUCCCAUUCAACACCUUCAAUCCCCUCAGAAAACUCCGAAGACUUCUGCUAAAGAACAACAGUCUGGAUAGUUUAGACCUUCAGCUCUUUGCCCAACUUUUGAAGCUAACAGAACUCAACUUGGAAGAAAACAAGCUGGAUCACCUGCAGCCUGGUGUAUUUCAAGGGCUCACGAACCUCCAGAAAUUGAAUUUGAAGUCCAACCAGCUCAGAGCAAUGGAGAAUGGGACUCUGGGGUCUCUAAAAAGCCUUAGUGCCAUCUAUCUGUCAGGUAAUUUGUGGGACUGCACCUGUACACAUAUUCUCUACAUCAGCACCUGGGUCAACAUGCACCGAGACAAGCUCAGAGACCAGCCCGUCUGCUUCUUCUCCUCUUCUUGGUCACCAUUAUCUAAGGAUACACCACUUUCUCAGGCAGCUCUGUCUCCCCAGUGGUUACAAGAUCAAUGCACCCAAAGUGCUGCAAGCAGCUUGUCACCUUCAUUUCCUCUAAAAAUGCUGACUCUGCUCACAAUGUCUCUCAUGGUUGUCAGCCCAUAUGAGAUCCUUUUAAGUGGUUUUGCACUCUUAAGCUUUUCUUCCUGUCUUUGCUUUGCAUUUCUGCUCCAGCUUUUGAAGUAUCUGAACCAUAAUCUCAAUACACUGUAA